AUGUUGAAUGAAGAUCUGCCGACAGUCGUAGACCUUCCCAAAAGUGGCGAACGCAGAGACGCUAAAGAAGAUGAAGGGCAGUGGCAGAUUGUGUCUGCUCUAUACCCCUAUGCAACUACCUCUCCCCUCCUGCCUUCCCACCCCCACAUCGUCUCGGUGGUACAUUGGCGAUACCACGGUAUCAAGCCUGAGCAAAUCUGA